ACUACACUGCAUGUGAUUUCACGGCUCUAUGUGAUCUGAAGUCUUCAUUGAUUUUCGUCACCCAGCUAGGCCACUAGGCGUUGUUGAGGUUCUCUGCUCGGCAGUGCUUUCCAAAAUUUGACUUUACCAGCUUGGCAGACGCCCACUGGAAAAGCAACGGGGCUUCGUCGGAACUUUUGGGUAAAUAAUUUUUGCUCUGGUGCCGAAGUUGUACUUUCUUGCUAGUAGAUCUACGGAGAGCAGUAUUGCAGCGACGGAUGCAGCUAGUCCAACAAGUAGUUAGGAGGUCAGCACAGCUUUCCUGUUUUGCUCGAUACUAGUGAGAGAUACUGAGGUUCUGCCGAGCCUGGUGCUGGACAUGGAGUUGGUCCACAAGCUGGCAUGUGUUCUCCUUGGCUGCUGGCUAGCUUUAGCUCAAGCACAGGAGCCUACUUGCACCCAAACACUCGACUCUGUGAGUCCGAGAAUACAGCGACUGACUUGUCACGGGCCGAAUUUCAACUUCUCCAAACUUCAUUAUGACACGGCGACGGAAACGCUAUUCGCCGGCGGAACUAAUUUACUGAUGUCACUGGACAAACAGGCUAACAUCAAUGAACAGGUGUCACUGGCAGAUUCCGAUCGACGUGAUCGCUGUUUAGCAGCAUGUGAUCGCUGUGUUCAGACUGCCACUCCUGGCUCUGAAACGGCAUCUUUCUGCUCUGCACCUUCGGGUGUGACGGUGUGCCUGCCAUGGCUGCGGCCUGUGUGUGAGAACUGGGUGUCUUUGAUUCAACCGGUUGCAGACUCCAAUGGUAAAAACUAUCUGGUGACCUGUGGCACAGUGUCAACAUUCACCAACGUUUCCAACUGUCAGAUAAGAUCGAUGUCCAACAUAAGUGUUGUGUAUGAGAGCUUCCAAGCAACUCUGGGACAGUCCUCCUCUGUGCCAAGGACAUUUUUGUCUAUCGGAACGGGCACCGUGCCAGGUGUGAGUACGGCAGGUCGCUUAGCAGCCCAGUACUAUACCGCUGGACAUAAAUCUGGCAAUGGCCGCUUCAUCUCCUUGAGAGGCAGAUCCUUUUUCGACAGCUUUGACUAUGUACAUUCGGACACAUUUCAGCGGCAGAAUAGUGCGCUAAUGUCCCCGCCUCUGCCCGACUUCAGCUUCACUUGGACGGUCUCCCUGUUCAAGGCGUCCACAAAUCCAAACUCAGACACCAACCGGGGUCAUUUCACACGCUAUGUCCUGCAGUAUGUGUAUCAAGGAUUUGUCUAUGUGUGGGCUUCAAGCGUCGGACCUUCGGACAAUGGUCAGUUAGAUCAUGGUGCAGUUGUAUUCCGAUAUUGCCAGAAUGACGCCCAGAACGCUACCUAUCUGAGUAGUCUACGGCGUAUACGAGUGGCAUGUUCAGGCCUGUCCAGCCUCCGUAACUUCAAUGCUAGGGGUAUUGGUUCCCCGGCAAGCCGCUGGGAGAUGCGACAGAUCACUUCAGCCAUCGAAGUGAGUGACCCCGGCCUUGCGACCCGGCAGUAUGUUGUUGCGUCGUUCACCACUCUGGAGGGUCUGCCUUUGGGGUCGUCUAUCUGUGCGUAUUCCAAGCAGUCCGUCAGUGCUGCAUUCAACGAUAAUCCUGGACGUAACUAUGCCGAGACACAACGCUGUGCUGCUGACUACUCGCAAGCAUACCCCUCCGGUUGUUCGACUCCAUUAUCUGACGCGUUCGUCAUGGACUAUUCGAAUACAGAUUUUACCAUCCAGCCAGACUCCCUCUUCACGGCAACAGCGAGCAAGGCUGUCAAUCCACUCUGGACCAGGCAGGGUGUAGCACUCAAUCAUCUAGCGUUUGGUAGUUACAGAGAAGCACACUAUAUCUUCACAGCCACUGAUGAUGGCCGUGUGUUCCGUUUGGCCUCACUGGAUGCUAUAUUCUACAGUGGCAACGCAGGACUGACAUUUUCACUUAUCAAUGAGCUGCGUGUUGGCCAGAACGACGGAGAUCCAGAAGUGAUGGUCAACGACAUUGCAUUCAUGCCCAGCAGUUUGCCCGGCAGUGCACCACCACCGAAUGUUGCUAUUACCACCCGCCGCUCCGUGACCAUUAUACCAGCUACGGAUUGUGAACAGUACUCUGGCAACUGCAGCACUUGCAUAGCUCUGGAGGGCGGGACUGGCUUCACCGUAACUAUUGAUCCGAAUUGUGUUUGGUGUCCGGAUACGAGAUCUUGUGGCGUACGCGACUUCACCUGCCCUAGCCAACAGUACCCUACUCGUUUCCGUGCCAGCGGACAACGAUGCGUUGGGCAACCAGAGCCGAUGACCUUCUCCGGGUCUAUUAUCAAGUCCCCUGUAAACACAACGGGAAUUUUUAAUACCACGAUAUCCUUCUCAUGCCAAGCAAAUGCAAACGCGCCCAUCACGUUCUCCUGGAUGAGACUGGUUGGCUUGGAGAUGGUUGCCGUGCCAGCGUCUCGCAGCACGGUGACGAGCGUAGCGCUGGGGGACGAGCUGACGGAGACCAGCACGCUGACGUUGUCCGGUGUGACAGCAGCCGAUGGUGGACAGUACGUGUGUUUGGCCAGGAACACUGGAUCCUUGCCAGUCCAAUCUGAACCAGCUACAUUGUUCAUCCGUCCAUACAUUGAGUCCGGUCCCAGUAACACAUUGGUAUUCCUGUCUCAGGCAUUAACAAUGCGUUGUGGUGGUGAUGGAUAUCCGACACCGUCGUUCCAGUGGUUCCACGCCGGCACCAACAUAGCCAUGUAUGCCAGUCUGUAUCCGAACAUUCACUUUGUGGGAGCGUCCGGUCGUGACAUCAUCAUCCAGCCCACUACCCUGCAGGUGGCUGGUUUGUACGUGUGCCGGGUGGUGAGCAUACAUGGCAUGGCGCAGACUGAAGCGGCCCAGCUUACCGUGAUCGAUGCUGUUCCAGCAAACAGUUCCGUUCACACUCCUCUGGUUGGCAGCGCUCUAGUCCUGUCCUGCCCAGACAACAAUGGCCCCUUUGAAUGGCGUGUAAACGGGACACUAAUUGCAGGUGCUACAACCAGUGAACUGACGCUCAGUAACAUCCAACCUGCUUCCAGCGGCCGUUACCUCUGCCAGCAAGCUUUCCAAUUCUUCGUCUUCGUCUCGUCACCGGCUCGGAUUGCCCGGGCGCCUAGCAACGCCUCGGUUACUCAGGGAACACCUGUCGAGCUUCGCUGCAAUACACAGGCCAAUAUUUACCCGCCAGUGACCAUCAACUGGCUGUACCAGGCAAUUAACAGCCUUGGAGAGCCAACCGGAGAGCGUACGUCCCUCUCUCUGGCCGUUCUUUCCGAUAAUCUCAUCUACGCUGGCGGUCAGGUCCUGCGUUUCAGCUCGAUUCAGAUAAGUGAUUCGGGUUUGUUCACUUGCUACGCCAGCAACACACUCGGCAAUGUCACAGCAACGGCAAUGGUCACUGUCAACGUUCCUCUUGGCACACCUAACUGUCCAGUGUCGGCUCAGUUUCAGACUGGAGUUGCAGCUUCGCCGAUUGUCAGCACGUGUAGUGUUACGGGACCGAGCGGAACGGUAGUGCAGAUCCGACAAGGCUCCAGUCUCCUGCAGAGUGGAGGGCGUAUUGAUAUAGGCACAGAGCGCAAUGUCACUGCCGAUCUGCACACUGCCACGCUAUCCAUCGCAGAACCAGUGGCUGGUGAUCAUGCAUUAUACGCGUGUGAGGCCAGUUUCAAUGGUGCGUCAACGCGAUGUGAGUUCUUCCUUUCCACGACUGACACUGGUGGAAAUGUUGGGUCAUCCACGUCAUCAAACACAUCAGUACUACCUACAUCUGACAUGGACUCCCGUGUAACCCGGGCAGAUAGCAGCCCAAAGCAGCAAGCAUUGAUCUACGGCGGAGCGUCAGGCAUAGCGACAGGCGGUUUUGUCUUCGGUCUGCUCGUCGCGUUUCUGGCCUACAGAUUGAAAAAACAAACUGGCACUGGGAAAGAGUGCAAGAUGGUGUCGGAACUGCCGCAUUCGUCGAUGAGCAUGGCCAGUCCGCGCCUGACCAUAAUAGGCCAUGACUGCUGUGACCAGUCGUCAUCGUCACUGCACGGGUGCGAUGAUCUCAGUGUGGUCAUUCGGCAGCAUGGCUCCAGGGAUGAACUCUCUGCCUGUUCACAGAAUAGCCUGCCUGCGCUGUACCGGCUAGCCGGUAGAUACAGUGUACCUAAACGGACCGCCGCCGCUGCUGCGAGUAACCAGAGUACUGGUGACAGCGAAAACCCUCCGCCUGGUUCGCCGCGUGCGGCGCAUAGCUUGCAGAGCUUGCCGUGUCAUGACAACGCCGUCGCCAAGUGUCUGUCCACACACAGCAUCCUGUCCAUGUUGAGCAGCAGCAGCAGCAGUGCUGGCGGUGGGCACACAAACUCAGCAUCGAACCCCCGCAUGGAUCGGUGCCUAGACUCUGCUAGUGUGCCGAAAACACCGCCAACAGCAGCUGGCCACGGCCUGGAGGAUGAUCGUGCCUGUUUAGGCAACGAAGUAUCCGUGCCGUUGUCCUCUGUGAUGUACAGCACUACGAGUGAUCAUGCCCGUCUAGACAGCAUAGUCUCCGUGCCGUCGUUGUCCCCCAUGGUGUACAGCGCCACGAAUGACGAAACGUUGUACGACUCCGAAUACUCCACUAUUGAUAUUAAAGAUGCGCGCUGUCACCGCGACCGUAGUAACCUUUUUAGCGAUGUACUAUACGACGAGGUGCCAGGGGGCAACUCUAUGCCUAAGGUGAUCGACAGCAAUGCCGAUGAUUAGAUGUGGGUGUGUGGGCGUGUGGACGUGUGGACGUGUACGAAAGGGUGUAUGGGUGUAUGGAUGUGUGGGUGUAUGGAUGUGUGGGUGUAUCGGUGCAUGGGGAAGAGACGAGCUUGUCUACACGGGACGCUCGUAGCUCAUGCUUUUUACGCACUCCGGAACCCAACUGCGUUUUCGUCUAACAGCGACUACAUGUACGUGGGUGUGUAUGUGUGUACCGGUGUAUCGGUGUAUGCAUGUAUGCGUGUACCGGUGUAUCGGUGUGUGCGUGUAUGGGUACUUGGGAAAGAGGCGCAGAUGUCGACGCGCGACGCUCGUUUCACAUGCUGUUUUCCACUCCGAAUGCCAGCUGCACUGCAGUCUGAUCAUGCCUCUGCGUACAUGUACUAUUCAGUGUUAGUAUUUCUCAAUAUUUUUAAAAAAUACUUUUCUAUGCUAUCACUUCUACUCACUGUUGCUGUCAAGAGAGACUUUACUUUUUAAUCCUUGACUCUCCAUCCGAGUAUGAACUCACUGCUGUGUUAAGAAAAAUUAGCGCUGGUGCUUUGUAAACCGGUCAAUAGAACUGCGUACUUGUAAGUUAAAACGAGGUGUCAAUGCUGAACGCUGAUCGCCUCACUGGAAUUGUACACGUUAUAUUCACGGGUGUCCGGAAGCCAUCGCAUGCUCCACGGUGCACAUUGCAAAAUAUUUUGGCGCCAUAUAUUUUAAACUAUUUUAGACUUCUCUGAACCGCCCAAGGGCAUGUUUUUAACUUCAUCUUUUUUUUUAACUUGUACCGCACACAGCCCCCCCCCCCCCCCCCACCACCUUUUUUUAACCUCCAAACCCCAAUCCCACUGUCUGUGGGCACUGCAUUACGAGUGCCCAGUGCAUGUGUGGGAUGAUGUUGAAACGCUUCAUUCAGACGUUACGGUGUUUACGGCCUUACGGUAAAAAUUCUGCCAUUGUUGGAGACCAGUCGUGGCCACACUAUAUGUCUGUGUGUUUUCUCCCACGGCUAAAGUCACGUCGUGACCUGACGUUGAGGUCAUGUGACCUACUAUCAAGGUCAUGUUGAUAAGGGUUGAGGUUGCAUGAUACAGUGUGAAUGUCACGUGAUCGGCGCGAAGUAGAAUUAGUUUCGAGCACUUUUUUUCCUUGGGAAAUGCCAAUUCUCUGGCUACCUUGUUAAAAGCAGGCGUUGUGCCAUGUAUUCAAGAGUUUACCUCCAAUUCUUUGCAGCGUUUCUCUAUAUUUCGACAGGCUUUUUCCCCCGAGUUUGUGUUUUUUCUCGACUUUGUAUCAUGUGCAUGGGAUGCAGCAAAUGCGUGCCUGUAUCCUUGGUGAUACCACAAAAUCCUUUUCUUGCUUCCUUUUUUCCACGUUUAAAAAUGUCCACCUCAUUGCCAAGGAAGACACCUGGGAAGGGCGAAAUGUAUUUAUUUAUUCACAAUCACGUGGCACUAGCCAAUGAAAAGGUGAUGUGGGCGAUAGCCGGCCAUGGCGGUAAUAGAGGGGAGGAAGAAGAAAAGAUGAAAGGGGAACGGAAAUCACUGUCAUGUUCUUUCAAUGGCGGAAUAAUUCCUGCGGUUUUCCGCAGAAACGACCAGGUUGACGCCGGAAAUUUGAAAAUUGACUAUCCUGGGGGAGUCACUGAUUAUGCUGGCAUGCUGGGAUGUGCUGUGGGAUUAUUCCCGGCUUUGUUCCAGCACUAUCCUGCGCAGAACCGACCAAGCCUAGCUAGAUGUGUUAUGGAUUUAUACGGUGUGCUCACUGAAGCUGUGUGCGUGUGUUUGCUUUUGGGUGGCUAGAGGAGGACUGUGAAUAUGGCCUACUUGCGCUGCAGUGCUUGAAAUGAAUGAUGCAUUUCUCCCUGUUCCAUUUUGUACAUGUUGUGCCCGAUUGGCCACGGUAUGGUGCCAGCAUCGGCCACAAUGGGCGCUUUCGAUUACACGUUUACACAAUUCUGGAACUGGUUUUUAAAUUCUGGAAUGACCAGAAUGAGCGUAUUCCGGCCUUGCAAACGAACGACUGGAAUUCACAACGAUUUUAUUCAUGUCAUAUCACAAACGAAAUUGAUGAAUCCCAAAAAGAGAUCACGUACACCCUCGCAAUCGAUCGCACGCACGUGGACCUAGCAUCGCGCACACGCCGGCCAGGGAGGCUCUUCGCGCGCUUGAGUCAUGACCAAACCGGUAACACACCCACAGUGCAAUUCUGGCGCCAGAAUUAGAGAAAUUCCGCCUUCUCUUUAGAAUUGAUGGAUUCGACGGAAUUGGAUAAAAUUAAUUCUAACGACGGAAUUUGUCACUUUUUGUGUAAUCGAACUGUGCAUCAACCUGUCCCUCCAGGAACUUGCGAUUCCGCGCCCGCGUUGUUUUCCACAAUUUGAACAAAAGUCCGUGAUAUCCGCGAUAUUUGAAAAAUCAUCCGCGUUAUUGUUGAAAACUGUCCUUGAUACUUGAAAAGCACCGCGAUAUUUCGAAAAGCAACCGUGAUAUUCGAGUCUUUCUUCGAUGUUGUUUAGUUCUUGAAGCUCGUCAGUAGUUUACUUGUGAGAUCGACACCAGAAUGGAGAAAUUUCUAGGCAAAUCAGCGGCUGACAAGUCACAAAAUAAGGCUCGCGUCGAGUGUUGUCCGAGGAUGGAGGAAAGCUGUCUUGCAAGCUCCUGUCAGGCAGUUGAACACAGUCAGCGCAGCACACGUUCUGUUUUGUCAUGCAUGAUUUAUGCUGUACGACUCGUACAUCGUACACCACUACAGUACAAGUACCAAAUCGGCCGCAAUUUCCGCAAUUUUACCAGAAUAAUCCCGCAAUAUUUGACAAAAUCCGCAAUAUUCCCCGCAAUUUGUGGCAUUUUACCUCGCAAC